AUGAGACGUAUAUUGGACGCGACUAUAAGUGAACUGUGGGCUGACAAAGAGAGGAAGUUUACGUUAUCAGAUAGUGAAUUGCCGUAUUUCUUUAAUUGGUGGUCUAGAAGACAUGAUACUGUUCGCCGGAUGGUGUACGAGCUGAUAAGACAGGGUCGCCUUAUGAUAGUUGGAGGUGGCUGGGGGAUGGCGGACGAGGCCUCCACAUAUUACCAGUCCGUUAUUGACAGUUAUACGUAUUCUUUGAGAAAAAUCAAUGCUACGUUCCUCUCCUGCGGUCGGCCGCUGGUUGCUUGGCAAGCGGAUACUUUCGGUCAUUCGCGGGAAUACGCGUCACUGAUGGCCCAAAUGGGAUACGAUGGGUUAUUCAUAAAUCCUAUCAGUUUCGACGAUGAGAUUAUCAGAAUGGAUAGGAAGGCAUUGGACUUUGUUUGGAGGGGGAGUGAUGAUUUGGGACCAGAAACAGACAUCUACACGCACAAACUAUUCGACGGCUACUGGUCGCCACCAGGCUUUUGCUUCGACAGCAUGUGCUCGGAUCCACUUUUUAUAACCUCAGAUACCUUCUUCAGUAACGUCGAUGAACGGGUUGAUCUCUUCGUUAAGUCUAUACGAGACCGCCAGGCUCCAAGCUAUAACACCAAACAAGUGCUGGUGAUGAUGGGUAAGAGGCUGGGCUACUUCAACGCGAAGAUAUGGUUCGAAAACAUUGACAAGCUAAUUGAUAAUGUUAACAAAAAGUCUUACAAAGAUGGCGACCAAAUAAAUGUCAUGUAUUCAACGCCUGCUUGUUACUUGAAGUCUGUUUAUGAAGAAAAUCCAGUUUUGGAAACAAAGCAGGAUGACUUCCUUCCCUACGCAUACGAUAAAUAUUCGUAUUUAUCCGGAAUGUAUACGUCUCGUCCGACGUUCAAAUACUUGGUGAGGGAAGCUAACAUAUUCCUACAGAUGUCAAAGCAGUUACAAGUUUUAGGCAACUUGGGGAAUAAUGAUGCUUUGUUCGAGGAAUUUAUGUGGAUUAUGGGUGUAUCACAGGACCACAAUAUAAUAUCUGGUGCGAUGAGACCCCACGUACUUAGUUUUUAUACGAAGAAAUUAUACCUUGCGGUACAGAGAUCUACUCUACUGAUAGAGGAGGCGUUCAAUAAGAUUCGUGGAUGUCCAAAAACGACGGAGUACCGAUUGUGUUUCUUCAAUCACUCAGCUUGUCCCAAUACGGAGAAGAGUACCUUUCAUAUAAUGGUGUACAAUCCCCUGGCUUGGUCGGUGACGAUGCCAGUGAGAUUACCGAUUUUAAAUAAAAUGUACGAUGUGUUUGAUCCAAAAGGAGAUAAAAUGAAGGCUGUUGCCAUGAAAAUACCAGAACAAGUAAAGAAAAUACCAAACAGACGCAGUAAAGCCGUAACCGAACUGGUUUUCAUGGCUAAACUCCCAGCGUUAGGUUUCAAAUCGUAUUUCGUCGACGAGACGGAAACAUUACGACGGAAGAAAUCAAUAAUAAAGAAAAUCAACAAAAAAACGCAAAAGAAAUAUUUCAUACGACAAACGGCUAGGGAUAACGCAACGUAUUUCAAUGACGAAGAAAAUAAUUAUUACAAGGAAAUUAAAUCAAUGAAUAAUAUAAGUAACAUUAACGCAGCUGAUGAUUAUAACGAUAUUGUAGUUCCCACGAGAACUGAAACCCCUGAUUUCAUUAAUUACAUUAAUGAUAAAAUGACAACGCAGAACGAUGACGUCACAACUGAUAAAAGUAUUAUCAAAGAUACGAUUUUAGAAGAUGAUUCGAAUCGUAAUUAUAUGGAAAAAGAGAAAUAUUUAUUUGAAGAAUCCACUGAGAGUUUUAUAAGAAAUAAGUACAUCCAGAUUAAUUUAAACGAAUAUCGAAAGGUAUCCAGCUUAAAUCUUUCAAAUGGUAUCAAUAUAAACUUAGAUUUGCAAUUUUAUUUCUACGUCUCGGACGAUCCUUUACAACUAAAUAACACCAAGAGGAGUCCUGGCGCUUAUAUUUUUCGACCCAUGGACAACGAACCGGAACCGAUUAUAGACAACUUCGAAACGAAAAUAUACAAAAGCUAUAUAUUAGAAGAAAUACAUAGUAAAUACUCGGAUUACGCUUCUUUUGUACUGAGACUGUAUGUCGAUAGUCCAGUACUGGAAGUUGAUUGGAUAAUUGGUCCGGUUCCCGUGAGUGAUCAUUUGGGCAAAGACGUUUUUAUAAGAUACAUGACUGACUUGGAAAACAAUGGAGUUUUCUAUACAGAUGCCAAUGGAAGGCAGAUGGUUAAAAGGAUAAGGAAUAAGAGAGCGUUGUACGAGCCAUAUAAUUUAGAUCAUGUUGCAGGUAACUUUUAUCCAGUAACAUCUAGAAUUUAUAUGGAAGACACAAAGAAAAACUUGCGUUUAUCGAUUUUCAACGAUCGUUCCCAAGGCGGCGCAUCCCUUCAAGACGGUUCUAUCGACUUAAUGGUUCACAGGCGAAUAUUAACGGACGAUAGUGGCGUACAAACAUAUUUAAAUGAAACGGAAAAUGAUGCUGGAAUCAUUGUCAGGGGAACACACUACUUAUAUCUAACGAAAGCCGAUUUUAAACAAAAUCGAUUAUUCGAAAAGAAAUUCCUCAAAGAAACCGAACUGAAACCACAGAUAAUAGUGUCAAAAAUAAGUCAAAUGACAGAUAAAACAUACUGGCUCAAAUACAAGAAUCAAUUUUCAGGUUUAAAAACUAAACUGCCCUUUGGAGUACACAUUUUGACAUUACAGCAAUGGGAUCAGCAUACGUUACUGUUGAGGUUAGAGAAUUAUUUAGAAAAUAUCGACGUCGUCGCAAAUAGAAUUAAGAGGAUAUUUUUAAGAGAUUUAUUUGUGAAUGUUAAGUUGAAAAAAGUUUCAGAGACAAAUUUAUCGGCCAAUAUUAAUUUAAUUGAUUGGGUUCCGCUGCUAUGGCGCACUAAUGGGACUUUUGUAAAGAAUUUCAAUGAAUUUUAUGGUGAUGGGAAAAUUGAAUACAGCAACGACGUGUUGGGUUCGCUUGAAGAUGUCGAUUUAAAUAAAGAGGUCACUUUAAUUCCGCAGCAAAUAAGAACUUUUUUAAUUGAUUUUGUAUACCUAUUUUGAUUAAUAAAGAUAUAUUUUUUAUCUAUAGUU